AUAGAUGAGCUGAGGACAGAGAUGGAUGAGAUGAGGGACAGUUUCUUUGAGGAGGAUGCUUGUCAGCUUCAAGAAAUGCGCCAUGAACUGGAGCGAGCCAACAAGAACUGCCGGAUCCUUCAGUACCGGCUGCGCAAGGCUGAGCGCAAGAGGCUCCGCUAUGCCCAGACCGGCGAGAUCGAUGGCGAGCUCUUGCGCAGCAUGGAGCAAGACCUCAAGGUUGCAAAAGAUGUAUCAGUGAGACUUCACCAUGAGUUAGAAAACGUGGAAGAAAAACGUACUGUAACAGAAGAUGAAAAUGAAAAAUUAAGGCAGCAGCUUAUAGAAGUUGAAAUUGCCAAACAAGCACUACAGAAUGAACUGGAAAAGAUGAAAGAGCAAUCACUAAAAAGAAGAGGGAGCAAAGACCUACCAAAAUCAGAAAAAAAGUCACAGCAGACACCAACAGAGGAGGACAAUGAAGACCUGAAAUGCCAGCUACAGUUUGUCAAAGAAGAAGCAGCCUUGAUGAGGAAGAAAAUGGCUAAGAUUGAUAAAGAGAAAGACAGAUUUGAACAUGAGCUGCAAAAAUAUAGAUCCUUUUAUGGGGAUUUGGACAGUCCCUUGCCAAAAGGUGAAGCAGGUGGGCCACCUACCACAAGAGAAGCUGAGCUCAAGCUUCGAUUGAGACUUGUGGAGGAGGAAGCUAACAUUCUUGGGAGGAAAAUAGUGGAACUAGAAGUAGAAAACAGAGGACUGAAAGCAGAGCUUGAUGAUUUAAGAGGAGAUGAUUUCUCAGGGACUGCUAACCCACUCCUGGGAGAGCAGAGUGAAUCCCUGUCAGAAUUAAGACAGCAUUUGCAACUAGUAGAAGAUGAAACAGAAUUGUUGAGGAGAAAUUUAGCUGAUUUGGAAGAACAAAACAAACGCAUAACAGCUGAGCUGAACAAAUACAAGUACAAGUCGGGUGCCCAUGAGAGCUCUAGGCACCAUGAUAACGCCAAGACAGAAGCAUUACAGGAGGAACUAAAAGCUGCACGAAUGCAGAUCAAUGAGCUGAGUGGCAAAGUCAUGCAACUCCAGUAUGAGAACAGAGUCUUAAUGUCCAACAUGCAGCGCUAUGACUUGGCCUCUCACCUUGGGAUCCGUGGCAGCCCCAGAGACAGUGAUGCGGAAAGUGAUGCAGGAAAAAAAGAGAGCGACGAUGAUUCCCGCCCCCCUCACCGCAAAAGGGAAGGCCCCAUCGGUGGGGAGAGCGACUCCGAAGAGGUACGCAACAUUCGGUGUCUGACACCUACGAGGUCUUUUUAUCCGACACCAUCUGGGUGGCAGAAAAGCUUCACUGACAGGCAGCAGAUGAAGGAUAUUCGCUCUGAAGCGGAGCGACUGGGCAAGACAAUAGAUCGUUUAAUUUCUGACACAAGCACCAUCAUUACAGAGGCAAGAAUUUAUGUAGCUAAUGGAGACCUCUUUGGACUGAUGGAUGAGGAAGACGAUGGCAGCAGAAUACGUGAGCAUGAGCUUCUUUACCGGAUCAAUGCACAGAUGAAGGCCUUCAGGAAAGAGCUCCAGGCUUUCAUCGACAGACUUGAAGUUCCAAAGUCUUCGGAUGAUCGAAGUGCAGAUGAACCUUUGUCAGUGAGUCAGAUGUUCCAGCCUAUCAUUUUACUUAUUCUCAUCCUUGUAUUAUUUUCAUCCCUUUCAUACACAACAAUAUUUAAACUUGUCUUCCUUUUUACACUGUUUUUUGUACUGUAAGCCAUUCAUCAUUUACUGUUCAUUGUAGUAUUAUUUUCAGUUUGUUUAUUUUGUCCACCCUCCAAGAUAAGAAGUGCAAGAGACAUAGUUUCUGUAAUAGCCACUGUUAUAAAAACACUGAAGACUACUUGUUUGCCAAAACCUAACCAAAA